AUGGGUGGAUGUUAUUAUUAUCUAAUGGGAAGUAACAAUCAAUUCAAGAAUAAAUGGGAAAACGCGAUCAUAUCUGGUGGAAUAGGCAUGUUGCUUGGCUCCUUUUUCAGUGCAUUUUUAUUAUCACGAUAUCGCCUAAAGUUCCGCUCCGUCGGAGGACUUAGCAUCGUCGGCGGCUUUGUUGGUUACAAUUCUAUCAAAGGAUUCAGUGAGGAUGCAACUAAUCAAAUGCUAUCUGAGGCUAACCGAGUAUUCUUUUCGCCGGCAGUGCUAACUAUUCCGAUGAUGAUUGCAUAUGCGUUAACGAUGAUGUAUUUAUCGGGGAUAUUUUUCCCUUACGGGAUGGCAUUUGCUCAGGGAAACUUUACGGGAGGCUUUUUCGGUGGCAUUUUAUAUCGAAAAUAUCUAGAACCCAAAGAGAAGGAAUUGGACGAUUUCGUUGAAAAACUAUGUCUUGAAUUUUAUCCUGCUGCCAUUGACAAAACUUCUUCAUUAUAA